CUCACCUGGAAUUUGAGUUUCAUGGAGAUCUGGUUCAGUUUUGAUUGCGAGGGGGCUGCGGACAGUCGUUAUUCGUAUUCACACUGUUUCUGAUGUCCGGAUGCUGGAAAAUUAGAAAUGAUAGGGUCAAGGAGUGAGAUUUAAGAUUCAGAUUGUAUCGAGAUAUGCCUAAUGUAAAUGCUGGACCAUUUCUUUGUGGUGAAGAUAUUAGAAAUUAAGAUUUGAGAAGACACGUACUAUUUCUGUGAUGGAGUUCUUAUGUUGGUUACAUCCUUUCGGGAUGCUAUGGGUUGCUUUUAAGUCAUAUAUGGCCCUCCACUGAGGAGCCAAAAGAUAAUUGAUGCAUCAAUACAUUUGUUUCUUUUUGGAACUGUGCAAGCGAUAAGCACUUUAAAAGAGUAAUAAGAGUACUGAGAUGAUAUUACAUUUCACGAGAUUAUGGACAUGGAAAAUACACGAGGUGAUACCGAGUCUUCACAUCAUAGGUCACCUGGUGACCAACCAUGUGGUUCUGUCUCCUUGGAUUUUAAGGACAAUAGUAUGAGAAAUAAAGAAUUGAAUGAUGAGGAGAAGUAUGAUAUAUCCUCCUGCACUUCAGCAACACAGAUUCUUUGGAGCACAGGGAUGCUUUCUGAGCCAAUUCCCAAUGGUUUCUACUCUAUUGUUGCUGAUAAAAAGCUCAAAGAGCUUUACAAAGCUAUACCUACUAUAGAUGAUCUUCAUGCAUUGGAGACUAAUGGUUGUAAAGCUGACAUCAUCCUUGUUGAUGCCGAGAAAGAUAAGAAGCUUUCUAAGUUAAAACAGUAUACUGUAGCUCUGGUUAACGGUUUACAUGGAAAUCCUCCAGCUAUAAUAAAAAAGAUUGCUGGAUUAGUAUCUGAUGUCUACAAACGACCAAAUCUGGAUCUAAGUCCCAAGAAAGCUGUUCCGGAGGCGGCUGCAUCUGAAAAUGGAGGUGUUCAGUUGCUGGGGCAAAUAAAGUAUGGUUCUUGCAGACCCCGAGCAAUAUUGUUCAAAGUUCUUGCAGAUUCUGUUGGACUUGAAAGUAGGCUGGUGGUGGGUUUACCUACAGAAGGUUAUUCUGAGUGUGUAGACUCAUACAAGCACUUGUCGGUCUUAGUAGUACUAAAUUCUGUGGAGUUUCUAGUGGAUCUAAUGCGGUUUCCUGGCCAACUGAUUCCUCGAUCAUCUAAGGCUAUUUAUAUGACUCACAUAUCUGCUACUGGGGAGAGUGAUUCUGCAGACUAUGAUUCUUGUGAUUCACCAAUGGAACCAAACAGCCCUCUUUAUGGGGUUUCUGAGAGAGUUGAAGCUCAGAGUGCUGAUAAAGAAGAUGGUCUGAUGCAAUAUAGACGAGAAGCAUCUUCAAAUGCAGCGGGCCCUUCAUUAAGGAAUAUGAUGCUGCUUCGAACACAAUCUAUUGAUAGAAAAUUUAGCCUGUCACAGAGUGAACCGAACGUUGCUGAUUCAUUUUGGAAGAGUCAGAGAAAGACCAUUGCUUCUCAUAGGACAGCAAAUCCAAGGUCAGAAGGUACAUCAUCACAUAUGCAUAGACUAAGAAGAAGAAGCAUGAGUAUGACUCCAGAGAUUAGUGACGAGAUUGUAAGGGCCGUGCGAGCAAUGAAUGAAUCUAUGAAGCAGAAUCGCCCUCUACCAAACCUUGAAGACAGUGGCUCUGAGUCCUUGGGCUCAAAUACCAAGCACAGCACAGAUCAAACAAAAUAUAGGCACCACAGCUCUCAGAAAGCAAUGUCCUCAUCUUCUCAUGAGUAUGCGAGUAAGAGUGCUCAAGGAAGUGGGAAUUAUGGGGUGACUGAAGAAAUGCUUUCAACAUGGAACAAAGUCCUAGGGUUACCAAUCUUCCAUAAUAAACCUUUGCUACCAUUUGAAGAGUGGAAUAUUGAUUUCUCAGAAUUGACUGUUGGCACUCGUGUUGGGAUCGGAUUCUUUGGGGAAGUUUUUCGUGGCGUUUGGAACGGAACGGAGGUUGCUAUCAAAGUGUUUCUGGAGCAGGAUCUCACUGCUGAAAACAUGGAGGAUUUCUGUAAUGAAAUAUCCAUCCUCAGUCGCCUUCGCCACCCAAAUGUUAUCUUGUUUCUCGGUGCUUGCAUGAAGCCUCCACGACUGUCACUGGUCACCGAGUACAUGGAAAUGGGGUCUCUUUAUUAUUUGAUUCACUUAAGUGGCCAGAAGAAUAAACUCAGCUGGCGGAGGCGAAUCAAGAUGCUACGCGACAUAUGCAGAGGGCUGAUGUGCAUACAUCGAAUGAAGAUAAUCCACCACGAUCUUAAAAGUGCUAAUUGCCUCGUGAGCAAGCACUGGACGGUUAAGAUCUGCGACUUUGGUCUCUCCAGAAUCACGACGGACGAUCCCAUCAAGUCAUCAUCAGGUGGGACGCCAGAAUGGAUGGCUCCUGAAGUCAUCCGCAACGAGCCAUUCACAGAGAAAUGCGACAUUUUCAGCCUCGGCGUCAUCAUAUGGGAACUCUACACUCUGAAUCGGCCGUGGGAUGGUAUGCCACCUGACCGGGUUAUCCACGCCGUUGCAAAGGAGGGUUUGCGUUUGGAGAUGCCUCAAGGUCCCGUGGGCAGGUUAAUCGCAGACUGCUGGGCAGAACCCCAUGCGCGACCGAGUUGCGAGGAAAUACUUGCUCGGCUGCUAGACUGCGAGUUGCAACCUUGAUAACUCCUUUCCUUGUACAGUAAAAAUAGCUCUCUAGAAUUUUCACCAUCUUUUCCGGCACAUUGUAAAAUCUGUUUUGAGUAUUCCACCCAAAGAGCCACUUUCCGUUAUGCCACUUCUGUACCAAGAGUGAAUAAAGGGACCCAACAACGGGUCUCGCCGCGGUCCCGAUCUGCAGAGACGAGCCGGCGAGACCGCGUUGCUGGGAGUGGGGCGGGACAAGCGUCACGUGGCAGAGCGGAAGUUGGCGAACCAGCUCGCCACACGCUUGCACAGUCGCGCCUCCGUAGCCAAUGAGAAGCGUGUGUUAGCCCAUUCGCCGGCGUGCGAGUGAGCUUUAGUUUAGUCUACGGUGUUUUCGACCGUUACAUACUUUUUUAGUUACCAAUCUCUUCCUAUAAAUAUUUCUUUCAUCA